CCAUCUUCAUCAUCACUCAGAAUUUUGCAGUUUCUUCUAACCCAUGAAUUUGCGGUUGUUAAUUUGAUAAUUCCAAGCACAUUUUCAUGAAAUAAAAAGGAAUUUGCUGGAAGCACACGCAUCAUCUCUUUUAAAACGAAUUUCGGCCUGCUCAAGCAGCUAACCAAAUGCUUCAGAAACUGCAAAAAGUUCUGGUCUUUGAUCAUUGUGUGAUGGUAUGUAUUUCUUCAUGGCCAAUUAAGUCCUUUUAUGCCUAGUAAAUUCUACCCUUUGUUGCAUGUGAACUGUUGAUGAGCCAUCGCAAUGGAAGUCUUGUGCCAUCGUGCUCCUCGUUGCUCAUUCAAGGCAAUGCAAGUCUUUGGCUCUCUGAGUCAUGGUCAGGACUUUUCACGCGGCACAACCUGUUGGAAUAUGGUACUUCAUCCUUUGCUCGCUCAUUACCCACAACCCGUUCCCCACCAUUCGUUUGCUUCAAGCCACCAGUUAGUCUCAGCCAGCUCCUUCUUGCCCCCACUCUAUUAAACGAGUGAAGUCGGCGUGGACCCAGCCUUAUCUUUAAACCCACAAAAAUCUUGGGUUCUUAUUGGCCCUACCUAUCCAUUUAGAAUGAAGAAAACACAAACCAAAAGACCCUUUUUCACAACCAAGCUGAGAAAAUUGAAAUUACCAGAUUUCUAGAGAGAUGGGAUCAAUGUCUUCUCCUCUGACUAUCAUUUCUGCAGAGCCACUGAAGCAACCGGUUGCGGUCGGCCGCAGCAGCCCCUCUCUCUUGACAACACAGGCAGGGUCAAAAUCUCUGUUGUGGAAGUCUAGGAUUGAGAAGAAGAGAGCAUUGACUGUGGUUGCUGCCAUUGGAGAUGUAUCUGCUGAUGGCACCCCCUACCUGAUAGCUGGAGCUGCUGCAGUGGCUCUGCUUGGAACUGCCUUCCCAAUUAUCUUCUCCCGCAAGGACCUGUGUCCCGAAUGCGAUGGGGCGGGUUUCGUUCGGAAGUCAGGGGUGACCCUGAGAGCUAAUGCGGCACGGAAGGACGAGGCUCAGAUUGUCUGUGCUCGGUGCAAUGGCCUUGGCAAGCUCAACCAAAUCGCCAAAAGAUAGAUCCCUCGUUUUCUUUGUCUGUUUUGUAACUUUGAUCUCGCUCUGGUGCUGUCAAAGCUUAUAAAGAGCGUUUCUCUUUUAACACUGUCACAUGAAAGAAUAAACCUUUUCUUUAGUUAUCA